CUGCUUUGCUUUUUGGGAAUUAAAGGCUCCACAAUGUCUUUUUUUAAAUGUUCCUGUGGAGCUCAGAAGUUUGAUACCCCUUCACAGUCCUUUGCUUUAAAAUGGGUUCUACCACCAGGUGAAUCUCUGCUUGUUAACUACCUGACCUCCAGCACAGAGUUGGACAAGACCUUCACCAAAAUGUCUGACUCCGAGGUCGGUUGUUGGUUUGGAUCCGGAGUUCCUCAUAGUUUUAACUACUUAAUUUAAACUGAGACCAGGCAGACCCCUGCAAACGUUCAGAGCAGUGCGCCUUCAUCCAGGAUGUCCCGGGGCCUCAGGAGGUCGACGUGGACCUGGUCAUGGUGGUGGACGACUCCAGGGAGAUUCAGGCUGAUGAGUACGCCGGCGUCCAGCAGCUGCUGGGCUCUGUGGUGGAGCAGCUGGUCGUGAGCCCGCAGCCACGCAGGGCCGGCAACCGGGCCCGGGUGGCUGUAGUCCAGCAGAGCGGCAGCCGCAAUCUCAAGCCGGAGUUUGGCCUGCUGGACUACCAGAACGCCAACGUGAUGAAGAGGCAGAUCAAGAACAUGCAGCAGCAGAGCGGCUCCCCUGCGCUGGGACAGACGCUGGAGUUCUGCCUGCAGGAGGUGCUGCUGAAGGCCACCACGCCCCGGAGGAGGAGGGCGAUGCUGACUGUGGUGGGCACCACGACGGCUUACAGGGACCGAGCCAAGCUGCGCUACAUCUCCCAGAAGGCCAAGUGUGAGGGGGUGGCGCUGUUUGUGGUGACUAUCAGUGAUCGCUACAACCAGACGCAGGUGGAGGAGCUGGCCAGUCUGCCUGAACAGCAGCACCUGAUCCACGUCGGCAGACUGAAGGCCGACGAGCAGGGCUACGCCCAGCGCUUCUUCAGAGUCUUCCUCUCCGCCCUCAACAAGGGCAUAAACACGUAUCCUCCUCCUGCAAUAACACAGACCUGCAGCCGGCUGACGGAGGAAGAAGUAGAUCUCUUAAACGGGUAACUCACACUUUACAUCUUUACACCACAAACUUAACAUUUUUGGCCCACAAGGCUGAG